AUGAUAAGAAGAAGGUAUGUCCUCUCUGCAGAUCAAUGCUUGAUAGAGGCUGAUCUACUACAGUGCGAGGUUGAAGAAGGAGAGCCGAGGUGUUUGCGCUGUAUUAAAUAUGAUCGCAGCUGCAAUCCUAAGGAAGUCUCGUCUCGUAUAAAGAACCGGAGGCCCAGGUCUCCCAAUCACCAAACACUUCCUCUGACUCCUAGCAACCAUAACCAGUCUCCCUCUCAAUCAUAUCACGAUGAAUUUCUCACACACAACUUCUACCCGAGUCCUGAUUCAGAUGUUAUCCCUCAGGACUCACUUAUGGACUAUGAUAACCAACUAGAGGAUACCUGGCAAUUACCACAUCAUAUUGACACAGUUGCAGGAGCAAACAAAGUCUACCUGAGUCUUGAUUCAAACAUUCUUCUCCAGAAUUGGUUCGCGAGCAAUGAUAACCAAUUAGAGAAUACCAGGCAAUUACCAAAUACCACCGCAGAUGAAGGCAUUGGUAUACAAGAUGAUCAGAGAGCUGUGUCACGAAGACCUGCUCCAGAAGCCGUCCAUCUUCUGUAUAGCAUGGAACCCUCUAAUAUAAUUCUCAAGGAUAGGAUUAUCGCACAAAUUCACAGGCGGCUACUAAAUCUUUGGGGAAGUGAGCAAGCAUUUCUCGACGCGAAAAAGGUAACCAACCUGAUGGCCAGGAAAAUUUCGAACUUUUUUGGGCGGGAUGCUCCACAGAUGGCCUUAAGCUACCCCAUGAUCCGGGAAGCCUACUAUGCUUGCGGUGCUGCUGAUGCUUUGAGAAAUUUUAAACUCCACAAUCAUGUUCGCGAAGAGUAUCAAACUGCUUAUCAAAGACAUAACGAUAACGCAAUAGCAAUGAUCAAUGCUGCUAUCGAUGAUGUUCUAGCUGGCACGCUAACAGAUUUGUGGCCAUUAUAUCACGCAAUAUUUCUCUCCCAUGCAUCUGCUGCUUGCGUGAGAGGUCCCGAAUACAUCCAAGCCGCAAAGACUGCAUUCAAAUAUCUUGACGAUCAUGUCAAGGAGAAGUUUCCUUUCGAGAUUCAUUUCUUAACAAACACGACUGCGGCGACAGAAAAAUCGAAAAGGGGAAAUUGGACGGUCCGUAUGCGGCUUGCAAAACACCUCGAUGAUCCAGGCAUGGAGCUAAGCCGGUCUAACUUUCUUCUUGGAGAAGCAAGAGUCAAGUACGAUAAGGAAGUAGGAGCCAGCUAAAAGGACAGUGUUCAGUCACCAGACCUGGGUGAUAUAUGAACGGCACUUGCAUCACGC